UGCCACAGAAGGAAAGUUUGUGUUGGCGGUGAAAUAUUCACUUCACUCUCCCGCCUACUUCGUUGUGGUCACUUGAGUCCACACUUUCUCUUAACACUCUUCUUUUCUCUUUUCUUCCUGUUCGUCUGCACAUAUAUAUAUAUAUAUAUCUAUAUUUAUAUCUAUACACACACUCCAUUAAACCCUCUCCAGACAUUUUUGCACCUCUUCUCCAGACAGCCUUCACCUUAUUCUCUAGUCUCCUGUUGCUAAGGGAAGCGGACCGGGAGCUGGUUAUUAAAAAAAUGGCAGAUACAGCAGCGAGUCCAAGCUUUGUGGACAAACUAAAAGCCUAUGUCCGAACUCGGAAAGGGACCAUACUGUCUGUGGAAAUCCUCCUGAGCUUGAUCUGCAUCAUCUGCUACGCAGCGUCGAGGUAUGGCGGAUAUUCAGCGGUGGCUAUUUGCGAGCUGGUCUUCGCCAUUGUCUUCUUUGUCAUCUUCAUGAUGGAGCUGGAUAAACAGUUCCAGCUCGUCAACUGGCUUUGGAGUGAUUUGUUCCGCGCCGGGAUCGGUUCUCUGCUGUACAUCAUCACCUCUCUGAUUUGUGUGAUCGGUGGAGCUGGAGAUGGAGCGCGCAUCGCAGGAGGGGUGUUUGGACUAAUCGCAGGCAUUGUGUUUGGUUAUGAUGCCUACACAAUUUUCACAGAAGUCAGGAGCACCCAAGGGCGGUCGGCAGUUUCCACAGAUGCUUGAACACUAUGAUAACAGCAAGAGCAGCUGCUUGGGAAGAAACAAGGGACUGAAACAUGGCAAACUAAGAAUUUUCAUGGGUUGAAGGUUUUCAUGGUAUGAUGAGGUCAACGUUGUGGAGAUGUGAAGGCUGACCAAUGUUGAAAACAUGACACAAACAGACCGAAAUAUCUGCACUAGCUAAAAGGGAGGCACUGUAUACGAUACCAAGUUGUAAGGGCUACUGCUUAUGCCAAAACACUGCAAAUAAUUGGAGAUGCCGUUGCCUGACCUCUUUUAUAGCAAAUAUUUCAGCCGUUGAUUCACUAUUCUUAUAAGAGCAGCUCCGUGUAACAUCACCUGGUGCUCUCGGAAAUUCAAAAAAAGGAGUGGAUCAACAUCUAAAAUACUCAGUCCAUGUUGAUCCAGGAAACAUCACACCAAGAAAGGGACCUGGAAAAAUAAAUAAAUAAAAAACAUUUUGGUUCGGUUUAGGUUUAGAGCUCUUCUGAGUCUGUUUAAUAAUACACUGUCCUCUUGAAUUGGCAAGGUUCAGCCACAACUGAUUAUUUAUGACUAAUAUUUAAUAACUCUACGGGUUAUAAUUGUGCAUUUCCUUCAUAUAAUUAAUCCGCAGUUGUAGGGGUGAGAUGUUUCUAUCUAGUUAUUUAAAAAAUACUAGCUCUAGUCAAAUGGACAGAGGUUAAUAAUAUAACGUUUAUAACAGUGUUUCGCCAUACUUCUGUUUCUUAUCGUUUUUUAGUGUUUAGUAUUUUCCUCCGUUCUCCUUUAACCAUAGCGGGGAAAAUCAAGGCCGCUAACACAUGCCCUAAUGUUUGAAUGAAUGACCCAAGUCCCGAAAGUGGAAGGUUUUUUGUAUUUAAAUAUGUUUACUUUAGACUUCUAAAAGAAAUAAAGCUCGAAUGCAGCCUCACUCUCCUCUUAGUAACUAGUCAUUCUAACAGCCCCCAUCUAAAACCCACCAUCCUGUCUCUUUUUUGGCGUUAAUACUGUAUAUUUCCUUAAUCCGUGGCCUAAUUUGUUUCCCUGCGUACAAUUUAUUUGGAUCUUACAGCCCUAUAUAAAGAAAACCCCAUUGUUUAGCAUCGUUUUAUGUGAUCUAUCUUGUCCAUGAAGACCUGCCAUUAUUUCUUUCCCCAUGGUGUUUCCUACCCGUAAGGUUAAUACGCUUUAUUGCUUUUUGUUUUUAUAUAUACACCAUCUUAGUUUUGUCCUUUCAUGGUAAAAAUAGGCUACUGAACAUGUCAUGAUUAGUUUCCUGUACUGUAACAGAGAAUUUGUUUUUGGAUAGCAAACUCAGGAUACACCUUUCCUCCAAUGUUCAACACUUUUUAUGUUCAUUCUUGAUGAGAAUGAGAAAGGAUAUUCUGCAGUAUUUUAUUUUAUUGUCACGUAUCUAAUGUUGCUGUUUUUGUUUUUUGUUUUCAUAAAGCAAUGCAGAAUAAAUUAAAAAAAAAUAAUAAAAAAAUCUUAUAACCAAGUGUAAAAUAUCUGUUGAAUGAAAACUCGCCAUUGUGGGAAAGGGUUGAAUGCAGCACCACCUAGUGUCUGAAAAGAGAAUUUACUUUGACAUUUCUGCCAUUUGGCUGAAGGCUAGCUUCAGAAGAAGUGCUUUAAAGUUUCUGUUAAUGGAUACAAGAUCAUAAUGGUUCACUAAUUUAAUGACUAAGCGUGCUGGCAGUCUUAAAAGACAUCUUUAUAUGAGUUUAGAGGCAGAACAGAAGAGGACUGGGCUUUGUGGGACACAAGUAGGGUAAAUCUGCAUGAAGCAGAUGUGACUGAGGUCCAGGUAAGAAGUAAAGACUCA